ACCAAACCAGACCAGACCAGGCCAGUGCAGCAUGGUGGCGGUCAGCUCCAAGCUGCUGCUUAUCCCGGGAGAGCAGCCGACGGGGCUGGAUGUGGGGCGGCAUAUGUCGCUGGUUUACCCGGCACAGGGUGGCCCACUACUCGCCCCCUCGCCCGCUAUCAGCCACACGCAACGCAAACGGCAGCGGCUCACACACCUCAGCCCCGAGGAGAAGGCGAUGCGCAGGAAGCUGAAAAACCGAGUGGCGGCGCAGACAGCCCGGGACAGGAAAAAAGCUCGCAUGUCCGAGCUGGAGGAUCAGGUGUCGGAGAUGGAGUCGGAGAAUCAGAAACUACAAAUUGAGAACAGACUUCUGCAUGAGAAGACCCACAGCCUAAUGACAGAGAAUCAGGAACUCCGACAGAGGCUGGGGAUGGAAGCUCUGGAUACAGAAAAAGAGAAGGUACUUCUACAGGCCAGGGUGGAUGAAAUGAGCCUGGCGGCCGGGUCCGCUGAGCGCAGUACUCAGACUACGUGUGCCUCUGCAGCAGGUGCAGGCCCAGCCGCUGGCCAGGCUGAUAACUUCCACAUGGAUACUGACAGCAUUGACUCUUCAGACUCUGAGUCUGAUCUCUUCCUGGGCAUUCUGGACUAUUUUGACCCAGAAACCUUGCUCCGAUUCACUGAAGGGUGCAGGCCCUUUGAGCUGGGAGAAUGUGCCUACGGUGAAAAUGUUGGUUCCUUACCAGCCUCCACCUCUGUGUCUCUGGGGGCCCCAUCAACAAAGCUGGAAGCCAUUAAUGAAAUGAUCCACUCUGACCACUUCUACCACAAGCCAUUGGCCGAGGCCAGCCUUGUCCAGAGCAGUGAAACUGGCGUCAAAAUUGAGCAAGCAUCUUUUGGUGGCACCAAUGAAGUAAUUGCAGAAGAAGCCCCUUUGCCAAUGGAGCUCAAAGAGGAACCUUUGGAAGAUAAGCUCAUCGCUGAACUGCGACUUGCAAACAACCUUUCAUCCAGGCAGUGUCAAGAAAAGCCCUUGUGUCCCUUAGAUUAUCACGAUUCUGACUAUGAAGGAUCCUCGUCCCCUCUAAGUGACAUGUCCUCCCCACUAACUCUGGGCAACAGCUGGGAAGAUGCUUUCACUAGCGAACUCUUUCCCCAAUUAAUUGCAGUUUGAUAAACAUGGUCGCUCCUCAAACAUUAUUCAGCUGGAGCUGUAUUUGGUCUUGAGUUCAAGGCAGGUUGCGUGCUAUGGCUAGGAUGUGGCUAGCAAGCUGCCUUGUUUGCACGGUAGCAUGAAAGCUAUCUGAACCUUGUGUAACCAUAAAACUCCAUUCUUUAGGUGAAUUUGUCUUUAAGGCAAAUUGUGAAAUCUAGUAAUAUUUCGACCAUCACUUCUGAAGAUGCCACCAAAAGGAUUCUCAUUGGAAAAUUGUUAAUAUAAUAACUUUUAUCAUUUGCAAUCGUUGUAUACCUUGUAUAUGGAUAACUGAUGUCGAUGUUGAGUAAUCAUUGCUUUGUGUCUAAAACUUGUCAUCAAUUAGACAUAUUGGAGUGUGACAAAGUACUGCAGAUGGUUCAUUUCCCUCCCUUUCAAAAUAUAGUACCUGCUUGUAUAGAGUUGCAUACUAUACUAGAUCUGCUGUCAUUUACCAUGUAAAUGCAUAUGACAGCCUGUGUUUCUUUUUGCCGUUGCCUGGAUGUAAUUAAAGAUGCUUUCUCAAUUUUAAUAUUUAAA